AUGCCUUCUCGUCGCGAAAUCUACAUCCCUCCUCCCCCAGCCUCAAUUCAUCAAAUCAACCGUGAUCAUCGCAUCAAGCGAGUUCCACUCCAAGAACUUGCCUUCAAGAAGUCAAGUGGCGCUCUUCUCCAGCAGCGCAAGCGAGUCUUCCGAACCGUUCCUUCUCCAGACAAGGAGAACGUGGAAGCCUGCUACCGAGCCAUUGAUCAUCUCAGUGUCACCUUUGAGGAGUGGUAUCAAGAGCGCAUGCAACUUCUUCGCGAAUCACGAGAAUUGCGAACAAAUAUUAACAACAUUCUCCUAGCUGCCCAGCAGCCUACAGAUCGAUCUCGUCUCAGCAUGCCUCCCCGCGAUUCUGACGCCUCCAGCUCCGAUGCUGAGCCUGAUGAGAGUAUUCUCUUCAACCGCGCUCGCCCAAUGGCUGCUCCCGCUGGCCCUUCUUCUGAUGCCACAAUGGCUUACAACGACGACCAAGCUGCUGAGGACGAUGCUGAUCAGCGCACUCUGUCUCACUCCCCUGAAGAGUAUGAGGAUGAGAACUCAAUCGGCGAAGAAGAAGAUGAUGAUGCCGACGAAGACGAGGAUGACGAAGAAGCCGCUGAACACGACCAGGCUCAUGAAGCUGCUACCCUUUUUGACCCAGCAACUGCUGGCCUAAAGGAGAUUUCCAACCUUGCCCGUUUCACUGUCAGCAGCCACAAGCCUGGCAAUGGUGUUGAGGAGCUCAAGAGCGAUGACCUCAAGCUCUUCUGGCAAUCCGAUGGCCCUCAGCCCCACAAGCUCACCAUGUAUUUCACCAAGCGUGUUGGUAUUCGCGACAUUCGCUUCUACGUUGACUACAACGAGGAUGAGUCCUACACCCCUACCAAGGUCGUCUUCAAGGCCGGCACCAGCGAGAACAACGUUAUCGAGUUCGCUACCAUGGCUCUUGAGAACCCCUCCGGCUGGCAGCAGGUUCCCAUUGCCGGCGCUGGCGGUGGUCCUGACGGCAACACCCUCGUCGCUUGGGUCGUUCAGAUGCAGAUCCUCGAGAACCACCAGAACGGAAAAGAUACCCAUCUUCGCGGCAUCAAGAUCUAUUCUUUCGACAACGACUCCGCCCUUGGCCCCGGUCGCGAUGGUAACCCUGUCGAAGAUGUCCUCGACCUCAUGGACACGGCCACUAGCCACAUCAACACCACUUCUACUCGUUCGCGUCUCAGCAACUUUGGAGCUCCCAACUUUGAGUCUGGUGAGGGAGGCCUCGCCAUCCCUGAAUUCAUGCGGGAGCCUGAGAUCCGCUAA